GUUUGCCUAUCUUCUCAUCGAACUUCUAAAGUUUCGAGGGGUCAGUUGAGAUUUUGUCUUGAAGAAAUACUUGUUGUUCACUUUGUUAAUUAGCGAAGAUGGCUAAACGUGCAGAGCAUCUCCCGGCGAUGCCGCCCCAGGACCCUUCAUUGCAGGUUCCAAGCGGUCUGCGGGUUGCUUACGCCAAGCAUCUUCUUGACAAACAUCUCCGCAGCCUGCGAUAUGAGCUGAACGACGAUGUCAGUCGCAAUGAGCCUCUUCCCGCAAUAGGCCAUGCACCAUCUCACGGACAUGAAGAUCCUUUGGAGCAUCUCUCAGAGUACAAGGGUCGUGUUGCCAUCGUUGGUGCUGGCGCCACCGGCUUGUACCUUGCUAUGAUGCUCAAGUAUCUCAAGAUAUCCAAUGUGGAUAUCUAUGAAGCUUCGGACAGGAUUGGUGGUCGAGUAUAUACGUAUGAAUUUGACAAGGAUAAGGCCUCUCCUCAUAACUACUACGAUAUUGGGGCCAUGCGUAUCCCGGAGAUAGAUGCCAUGCAAUCAACCCUUACUCUCAUCGAAGAGCUGAAGCUUCCCAAGACGAAGUACGUCCUCGAUGCUAAAUGCGAGCCUCAGAUGCAUUGGUACUCUAACACCGAAUCGCCUGACGGGAUACCCUACGACGAGCGAAUGAACGAGAUCAUUAAGGGUCUCGGGACAAACUGGGAUGAGAAGUUUGAGGAAUGGGUCAAAACUGGAAAGGACAACCAUUCCACUAGAGGAUGGCUUAUGUUCACUGACCCGAAAUGGACCUACGACCAGACUGAGGAAGCCGAGAGCGCUUCCACUUCUACUGGUCUUUUCGAGCAGUCUUUUGUUGAGUCUCUAUGCGACUUCAGCGACUUCCAGGCCACUGCUGGCAAGCCUUGGUGGCGUCUUGAAGGCGGCAUGUCAGUCGUCACCGAGAAAAUGAACCAAUGCAUCGAAGAUCCUAAAUGGGCUCCUCACAACCCUGUCUCUCUGAAAGUCAAGAAGAAUACACCUGUCGUAGCCAUGACAGAGAACCAUCAGGAGAAUAAGAUCGAAGUGACUAUCACCGGGGCUGAGGGCACCAAGACAGAGGCAUACGACAUGGUCUUCAACACCACAGCCAUGGGUCCCCUCCAGCGCAUGGACAUCUCGGGCCUCGUCCCCGGUUUUGGUCUUCCUCAGACCCAGAGAAACAUUCUCACUGGUAUCCGAGCUCUCAGCUAUGAUCGAUCCUGCAAGGUCGCAGUCAAGUUCAAGAGCCGUUGGUGGAAGAAUAUGUACAAAGCUUCUACGAACGGCAGCACUUUCGGCGGUGUAUCGGGCUCUGAUCUGCCGAGCAGCAACAUCGUCUACCCAUCCUGGGAUGAUGGGGAUGAUACAUCUGCUGUGCUCAUGACUUCUUAUACCUGGGCUCAGGAUGCUACGCGAAUGGGAUCUCUGAUUCCUGAUUACACGAAACAGAAGCCGCAUAUCGAUGAUGCUGUUGUUACCCAGUGUUUCCAAGAUCUUGUCAAGCUGUGGGGAGAGAGUAAGGAUCCCAAGAUUACCAUCGAGUUUCUGAGAAACGAGUAUCUCGAGCACCAUGCUUUCGCUUGGUCUCACGAUCCCUACACCGGUGGCGCUUUCGCUCUUUUCGGCCCUGGUCAAUUCAGUUACAUCUACCCCGAGUUCCAACAGCUCCUCUGUGAUGGAAAGUUCGCUAUCUGCGGCGAGGCUCUUAGUCCUCAUCACGCGUGGAUUUCUGGAUCCUUGGAUAGCGGAUACCUUACCAUGCUGAGAUGGUUAUUCCAUCUUGAGGAUAACGAUAGAGCUGAUGCAUUGAAGCAAGCAUGGUUUGGACGCGGAAAGGGUGAACAUACUGCUGAGUAUGAUGGGAAGUUGAUGAGGUGGACUGUUGAGCUGAGCCAGCAAGCAGCUAAGAGGACUCGAAAGAGGCACUACUGAGACUGUUGAGUGGCCCGGCUCUAUGGAAGCUUCGUGGUGUGACGCGACUGUUUUCAGUUGGCUACGCGAGCUCAGAUGGAACGCAACGAAGACGGAGAAGCUCAUGUAUGUCUGAUGCACCGAACUUGAGAUUUACGUACACAUCUGAAUUUACAUGAAUCGGAAACAAUAAAA